AUGUGUCUUGACACGAUAUUGUUGUAUAGCAAAGUUUUGCAGGAAGAUGAUUCAGUGCCACCAGACGAGCAGGCUGAUUUGCCUCGUGUGGAAACUUUUACCGGCGUUGCUAUUCGAGUUUCGUUCACCGGCGAAGAUGACAAUCUGGAAAUGCAGCAACUCUCGGGUGGUCAAAAAAGUUUGGUUGCCCUAGCUCUGAUAUUUGCAAUUCAGAAGUGUGACCCGGCACCAUUCUAUCUGUUUGAUGAGAUUGAUGCAGCUUUGGAUGCUCAGCACAGAAAAGCUGUCGCAGACAUGAUCCAUGAGCUUUCGCAAAACGCACAAUUUAUAACGACUACUUUCCGCCCGGAAUUGCUCGAUAAUGCCGAAAAGUACUUUGGCGUCUUGUUCCGUAAUAAGGUAUCGCAUAUCAACGCUGUAUCGAAGCAGCAAGCAUUUGACUUCGUUGAAGAUGACCAAACACGUGGCUAA